UUGCCACUCACCCAGCAGUCCUUCAGGUCAGUGGGAAUCUCUCUGUUUCCCCUUAAGACUGAGAUGCUUUUCUCUGUCCUGGGUAUUGCAGGAAGGUGUAUGGCACAGUCCAGCCAUCCACCUGGAGGUUGCAAAUUAAGUGGAAAACUUCCCUCUUGCCUUGCUCUACAUUUCGCCCCUGUGGCAUGAUGAUGACAUAGAGCAGGGCCCUUCCCCCUCUCUGGUAUUUAUGCCAAGCUUGGCAGUACUCAACUGCACUUUUCGGGCUGAAUUUUGUGCUACAAAAUCUCAGUGGUUCUUCCCAGCUUUUGGCAAAUCUUUUCCCAGAUGCUUAACUUUGCCUUGGUUUCUCCACAGAGGAGAAACUGAGAUCCUCUUUCCCACAGCGAGAUACUUUGUUUUUCUGGGGUAUUCCCUCUAAUGUUAUGUAUCAAAAAUCUAUCCAAGAGUAUCUUCUGAUGUUUCCCCUCCUUGUAGUUGAGAUCUGUUCUGGUGAUGCAGGCAAAGCACUGAGAACGUUGUGAAGACUGAGACAAUGUUUUCGAAGCCUGGAGACUGCAAAAACCUAUUUUGAGCUAUAACAGAUGCUACUGGACAUAUGGAACAGCUGAGGGGACUUACACCAGGACUAUAAAUGUUCUGCAGAUCUUCAUAUCCCUGACUCAGUGGGUGGGUUUCCUAUAGGAACCAAAAGCUGGGGAGAAGUGGAUAUAAUGCAAAUCACUAAUGUUCAUGACUUUCCUGUGGAAAAAUUGCCACAGGGAAUUGGGAAUAGCAUAUUUUUAGUGGAAUAGGGCUCAUGGUAGCCAAAAAGGUAACCUAAGCAACAGCCCUGAUGUAGGAGGAAGGUCACAUUGACCUGUGGCUAACUUGAGACUAGGUGUUCUUACAGCUCUCUGCAUAAAUUUGAGAAUCCCAGGCCAGCAUGUAAAUUCUUUAUUGUUCUGUUGGUAUGCUUUACUAUAUGCAAUACUUUUGUCCUGAAGGAGAUUUGGAUUCUGUGAAAACAAUCUUGUCUAGUCAGAAGUAAUUCCAUGGUCCCCUCUUCUUCACUUUUCUUCUUUUCUUCCUCUUCCUUCCAUACUGCUCCCUAGCAGUCAGCUUGCACUGUUUCACACUUCAUUUCCCAGCUAACUUUUUGUUCCUCUGCCAAUUUAUCCAAAUUCUAAAGCAGCCCUUCUACCAGCACCACUGCCUAAGCAUUGCAUGAGCCGUGGUAAUUGGUGUUUGCAGGGACAUUUAAUAUUCCUCCUAUCUCUCCUGGUCCCAGCUUACAACCAGGUGCUACACAACCAUUCUUUGUCCUUCUCCCAGCAGUCUUCCAGAAAAGGUGCUGCAUGUGCACAUCCACACACAGGCUUUGCACACUGCUUUGAAUGCAGGUACAUUGCUCACAGACCUCAUGCAGCACAAGCAGGUGGAGGAAGAUCAGCUCACCUGUAUGCCAUGGGGCCUUUCUAUUCAUGCUGCAACAUACCUGGGUCAGCUGGUAGUCAAGCUGGACUCUAUUACUCAACUGUGUCCACUCCCAAGUCCUGUGCGGGGAAUUUUAUUUGGCCAAUUCACUAUUGGCUUACUGGCAAAAUGUCAGAGCAUCACUUGUAUUCCCCUCCCCACUUCCUGCAGAAAAGAGUGGCACUGAUCCUACAUGAACAUGCCAACUAGUUCUUCCUGGUGUCUUCUCUGGUGCCUCCUGCCAUGUAAUCCCCAAUAUGUGUUCCCAGCCUGUCAGAGUGGUGACACUGUCUGUGCCAACACAUGGUGAUCCCUGCUCCCACUGCUGUUCCACAACACAGCAGUUCCAUAAGAGCAGAUCUACGACACCAGAGAUGCAUCAUAUGCCAUGUACCAAGCUGCAAAGCUCUGCAGUGUGUAUAGCCUUCUGCAGGAUUGCAUUGCAGGUCUGACAGCUGAACCAGGACACUCCCAGUUUACCCCCUGCUCUUCUCUCCUCAGCUCUUGUUCAGCCCAGUAUCCAGUGGCUGUCAAGUUUUUCCUGCUCCCAGUCCAUCUGUGCAAUGGACUCCAUGAUUUUACUGGGCAUUCUGCAAGGCUGUAUGGUUUUAUACCAUCACACAGCCCUGUGUAAGCUCUUUCUUGCUCUUCCCUCUGUUUUUGUGCAUAUAUUUUAUAUAGAGUUAUCAUGAAGGCAGGAGGAACAAGUCAUAGAAUCAUAAAACAUGAAGGUUGGGAAAGAACUGAUAUCAUUGAUCCAACCUUUGACCAGACAGCACCGAUUGUUUAAACUUAACUCUCCUGUGUCCUAUUGCUUGAUUUUAGGGGACCUUAAAAAGGGCACAUCAGAACUAUAUCUGGUGAUAGUGUGCAAUCAAAUCUGUAUUUAGCCAAAGCAGCCAAGUCAUCAGAACAUUUCAGUUGGCAACUCACCCCACACUGGCUUCUUUCUAAAGAGGAUUUUCACAUACUGUUGGGAAAUCCUUGGCCUGGUGCAUUUUCAAGGAUUUUUUUUGCUGUAUGUUGCAGAAAAAAAGGCUCUGAUAUUGGAAGUGGUGUUGCUUGACAUUUUUCCUUGCUCACAAUAUAUCUUUUUAGAUUUAGCAAUUAACUUUUCACCCCAUGGCCCUGGGUGAGCAAGACUUGAAGUUGCAGCCACAAAUGGAGACAAUAUUGAUGGAAGAAGGUAUGCCUUGAAUACAGACCAUCCUGGACUCGUGAGCAGCAUUGUCAGGGACCAGGUUGGAAAAGAACGUGUUGAGAACAAGAGAUGGACCCUAAAAGGAGAAGGAGGCUGAGGGGCUGUGAGAGGAGGAAAGGAGAGGGUGAACCCUUGGUAAAAGAGGGAAAAAUUGAAGGCAGGGCAGAUUUCUUGGAGGGGGAGAUAAGAGGCUAUAGGCUGCCACCCAACUGCUGCAUUCAUAUCGGAGAGCCACAGUCCUCACCCCAGCUCUGUGCUGGAGCUGCAGCCAGUACAGACAGGGUCCUGCAGUCCUCACACACCAGAGUGCAGGGCAGAGGUCUCCAGUUUGCUGUGGUUUGACUCAGAGCCAGAAUUAGGAGGACAGCAGUCUGACAGCCCAGAGCUCUGUUGCACUGUGUGAUGCUUCAGCCCAGGUCAGUGUUGUCUGAGCAUCUUUGAUGCAUGUUGCUGCUCAUUGGAGACUGGUCCCAGGUCUGGGCAGUAAUUUUGGCCAGAGCCUGCUCCAUAUAGGUAGGCAAAAAUAUUUUUUCAUGCUCUGUUAGUGAUCACUCUAGUGCUGGUUCAAAAUUACUUGAAUUUACAUCCUGGAGCAACUGAAUUGUUCCUGUACUUAAAUUAGCUGAAGGUCAGCAAUCUUGAAACCUCUUCCGUGUUACCCUCUCUUCCUCUCCUCCCCUUGGCACUCCUCCAGAGAAGGGGCGAAGUACACAUGCCUUCAUUGUGAAGGAAAUCCUGCGUGAUUUGAGGGAAGUGAUAAAGGGAGUGAUUUGCAAGUAAAAGAAGGAACGACAAGGAAUGUAAGAGUAAAGCAUAAUGUUUCUUUUUACCCAGUCUCUUCACUCAAUAAUACCCCACCUCAAAAGGCACUAUGAUCUAAAUGCGAGAAAAAGAAAGUGUUGUGUCUCUGCUGUGCUGCAUUACCCUGUCAAGGAAGAGCCAGGAAGUUGCUUAGGUGGAGAAAGUUUUUAGCCACACUGGGGUGAAACACCAGCCUCUCCUUUCCAUUCUUAAUGUGCUGGAGCUGCUACUGCGCUUCGGUAGGACUGGGAAAAGCAGAGCUGUUGGAGAGAGCUUGUUCAAGUUGUGUCCGUGCCAAGGAGUGUGUUUGAACGGAGUCCCCUGGGGCAUGAACUGCUGAGCACCAGGCUCGGCCUGGCAGGAGCAAGUGGCAGAGGCAGGAUUAGAUUCCAUUGCACAGGACUGGCACAUCAGCCUCGGCGGGUGAUACAUGCCUGGGGCAGAGGUAAAACCCCACGCAGAGCUGAGUUACAGUCUGAGCUCUCUGUUGCCAGACACAAACAGGGAUGGCAGGAGCCCUGGGAAAGGACGCAGGGAGUUUGCUCUGGUAGAGCAGCACAGGCGGGGAGUUUGCUGAGUCAGCAACUCCUCUGACCUGUAAGAGGAAUUAUUCCUGCCUCCUGCCAGUACUUCAUGCGGAUCCAGAUUACAGUUCCCAGAACUGUCCCUAUAUAUGUUAGCAAGAAGGCAGCAGUCUGCAUAUUUUGCUGCAAGAAAGUAUGGCAACUGAUGCGACACUGAGCGGUGAGCCUGGAGUGAGCCUGUCCUGAAGGGAAUGCUGUGAAGUACAGCGCCGAGGGGCUUAAAUCUGCCGACUGCCAGGGAGCAGGCUGUGCUUCCUGUCUCCGAAAAAACUUGCAGACAAGACCCAGGACUUGGAAGCAGGCAGACCGCAGGGCUGGGGUCAUGUGGUGCAGUGCCCUUCGUUACAGCAUCCAUUGCAGGAACAGCGGGCUGGGAAAACUACAGUUCCCAUCACCCUUUUGUGCAUGUCCCUGCGAAACUACAGUUCCCAGAACCUUUUAAUGAGCCAGACAGGAUGUCUAUGGAAAUAAAUGCCGACGAUUUUUGCAUAACACCCUGCACCUCCGGAGUGCUGACUGGCCCGUAGUCUGUGAAAACGGGAACAGGGGAAAAGCCAGGGAGUGUCAGCGCUGUGGAGCUGUGGGUUUGCCCACCCCAAUAGCCACAGUGAUAAUCCUCUAGCACCGAGCAACCUUCCUCCUCUCAGGACUCCCUUGGUAGUCACAGGGAAGAUCCUGGCCCCCAGGAAACACGGCUGCUGCGGAGGGAGAGGCAGAUAAACUACAGAUCCCGGCAUUCUCCGACAGGCAGCACCUGCGGCAGUCCCUGCACGCCGUGGGGGAGGUGGGGGUGAGGAUGAGGAUGGAGGGCAGGGAGGAGAUGCAGGGCGCCGUGGGGCUACGCUGCACCUGGGACAUCCCGCCACCCGCUGGCACCCAGGCCAAGUGGGUGAGGCUCAAUGUGGGGGGCACCGUUUUCCUCACCACCAGACAGACCCUGUGUCGGGAGCAGAAAUCUUUCCUGUGUCGCUUGUGCCAGGGCGAGGAGCUGCAGUCGGACCGGGAUGAAACUGGUGCAUACCUAAUAGAUCGGGACCCCACUUACUUUGGACCGAUUCUAAAUUUCCUCCGUCAUGGAAAGCUGGUCCUGGAUAAAGAUAUGGCUGAAGAGGGGAUCCUUGAAGAAGCUGAGUUCUAUAACAUUGGUCCUUUGAUCCGAAUAAUCAAGGAUCGAAUGGAGGAGAAAGACUACACAGUAACACAGGUGCCUCCUAAGCAUGUCUACCGUGUGCUGCAGUGCCAGGAAGAGGAGCUCACUCAGAUGGUUUCCACUAUGUCAGAUGGAUGGCGCUUUGAGCAGCUUGUGAACAUUGGCUCAUCCUAUAAUUAUGGGAAUGAGGAUCAGACAGAAUUCCUGUGUGUGGUCUCCAAGGAGUUGUACAACUCCCCCAGUGGCCUGAGCUCUGAGCCCAGCCAGAAAGCCAAGAACACAGAGGAGGACCUGGAGGAGGAAGAGCAGGAGGUGGAGGAGGAGGCAGAGGCAGAAGCAGAAGCAGAAGCAGAGGAGAAAGACUGUCCAUCUAUUCGGGAUUGUGCUAAACUCUCUUCCUGUGCUUCCUGUGGACCCUCCCUCCUGCUCCCUUCCGUGUCCAUCCCAGCACUGUCAUCUACCUCCCACAUUGCCCCACUCGCCAGCCUCCAGCAUCUUUCCCUCUGCUCUCUUUGUCCCCCAGGGCUCAGAGUGGUCUCUGCCCAGGGCCCUGUCUCUCUCUGCUCCUCACUUUUCCUCCUCUGCAGGUAUGUUACCUGUCUGCACUCCCAGCUCCUGCCAGCCUGAGCUCUGCAUGAGUGACUCACUUCCCUCUUGUGGCUGUUACAAGCCAGAGAUCUGAAGAUCUGAACACUCCACUCCAGCCUUUUAAUUUCUUGUUUAUAUCUUUAUUUUUGUACUGCGGUGUAU